UUAAAAAUCGAUCAUUCCUUUUUUUUUUUUCACUUUUCUCCAAAAUUAGCUUUUCUUUCUAAAAUUUAAGAAUCCGCGAACAUCCUCUAAAGAAAUUGGGCGUUGGCUUUUGCGCUUCCUCCCUUAGUUCAUCACCCUCGUUAACGCAUCGAUUUUUUAAGUCUCUCGACUAAUAAAGCAAAUCCAGGCAAAACCCCGAAUCAAAAACCCGCAUCAACACCUCUCACUCCCUAUCUUUCUUUCCAAAAAAAUCCCUAUCCCGCCGCUUCUUUCCCUAAAAUCACCUUUGCCACCACCACCUCCCCGUUGGUGCUCUUUCCAUACUCCGAUCAUCUACCACUACCAACAACUCCCCUUAAAUGGCGGACGCCGCAGCCGCAACUUUUUCGUCGGACGCAAUAACCACUGCUUCUUCGGACGGGCCCGUCCUUAGCCUCAUCAACAAACGCCUCCGUGCCCUACGCAAGAAAUACAACCGCAUCCUCCAGAUGGAAGAAUCCGUCUCCCAAGGCAAACCCUUGAACAAAGAACAAGAAGAAGUCCUCCGUUCCAAACCCGCCGUCUCCGCCCUCAUCGAUGAACUUGAGAAGCUUCGCCAGCCUCUCUCUUCAGCCAUCUCCGAAGAAAUCUCACUUGCCUUGCGGCGUCAAACCGUUUCAUCGGAAGAAACAACCUCAGAAGCCCAACGGGACAAGGCUGAAGUCCUAGUCUCCCAAGGCAAACUCUUGAACAAAGAACAAGAAGAAGUCCUCCGUUCCAAACCCGCCGUCUCCGCCCUCAUCGAUGAACUUGAGAAGCUUCGCCAGCCUCUCUCUCUAGCCAUCUCCGAAGAAAUCUCACUUGCCUUGCGGCGUCAAACCGUUUCAUCGGAAGAAACAACCUCAGAAGCCCAACGGGACAAGGCUGAAGUCCUAGAACAACAGCCUAAUGAGCCAGAUCAUGCCGUUGAGGAUCUACUCAAUCUGCUCUAUUUCGGGUCGUUGUUCGAUGUCAAGUCUCAGAAUGAUUUUACUUCGACCAUGUUGACUAGGACUCACGAGAGAGGCUGUUGCUUGACGUACGAUUACGUUACCGACGACGCUACUGAUCUGCUUAGCGAGAAAGAUUUGGAUUUGAUUUCGAUGCUGAGUGGAUUGUUGACUUCACGACCUGCUGAUUCCAGUUUGUCUCACAAGAACGCUUUGCACCGCUGCAUCCAUCAUGCUAAGCUUUGGCUUUGUAACUCUGACCAGCCCAUUGACCCCAAUGCCGACGUUUCCUAUGCUGGGUUGAGAGAGAGGCUUAGCAAGAUUAUGGCUUUGGAUUACUUUACAACCACGCCGGAGAUGAAGGCUCCUGUUGAAGUGGCGGCUGCUGCUGCUGGGACUUAUACCUCUUUCCAGGUUCCGGUGCACGGUGUGCCCAUUUCUGUGCCUGUUCAGGUGGAAGAUUGUGUCAGGCAUUACCAGCAGAAGGAAGAAGAUUCAUCAAAUUAUGAAGAAGCUGAGACUGUCGACAAUCAAUUUAGUACUGCAGAGGAACUUCAAAAGGAUGAACUGGAGAUAGAAAAUCAUGCAGAGGAUAUUACAGUUCAAAAGGAACAUGGCAAACUACAGCCGGAGAUGGAGCAUAAUCAGACAGAUGGAGAACCCAAGGAGCAACGGUAUGUUCGUCGAAGAUCCUCUCAGAACCAAAGAGGCGGCCGUGUUACUGGGGGUGGCCGUAGGGGUUAUUCCAAUGGUCGUGGAGGUCGAGGCAGUGGAAGGGGAGGUGGAACCUACCAGAAUGGGCGAAGCCAAUAUUAUGAUCAGCCUGGCAACUAUUAUUCUAGGAACUACUAUAGCAACAGGGGAAGAGGUGGCAGAGGCGGUGGCCGUGCUUACAUCAAUCACGGCUCAGCAGUUCAGGGUGGUCAUCCCUCAGCUGAUGUUGGUAUGGCCUCAUGACAGCUUUAAUCGGUGUCUAUAGGGUCCGUUUUUCCAGGUGGGUGGUAAAAAUAUACUUUUUUGUGCCUUGCAUGAAAGAUGGUUUAAAUGUGGGUUAAUGCUGAUAUCGUACCAUCGAGGACACCCCAUUUAACUUCCUUUUUGUAGUUCAGUUAAUUUAAGGACUUUUAUUGGAAUCCUUGGAAAACGGGGAGUUCUAGCUAUAUCCUUUUUUGGUUUAACAUGCAAUUCUUGUGGCCCUAUAUUUGAUCCAUCGAUCAUGGUUGGUUGAAUAAUCAAGUUCCUAUCGUGCUUGAUUACUUUCUUGUCAUGAUAGGUGGGAAUCUCAGUUCAAUAAAUAUUACGUGAAGAAUCUAAGGGGUGAUGGAAGGCUCCCUUCCUUGGGUAAUGUUUAAGUAGUGUUUGGUAAGAGGCAAUUAUUUUGAAUAUUAUAGUGAUUUAUAUAUAAUAAUUAAAUCAUCGUAUUUGGUAUGAUAAUUUUGAAUCAUCAUAUCAGUAUAUUGGAGUGCUAUAUAAUUCUCAUACAAAAAGGUAA